AUGUUGAGCCUGCAAUCACUCAAGGAAUCUUCCCCUAUAUGCCCACCUGUUCAGAGUGUUGUCGGUGGUCUCCUCAAGCUUGUGGACACGUAUGAGAUUGCGGUGCAAAACGAGACGGACCGUAGAAGGCUUUACGAGCGUGUUGACGCAAUCCAGGGAAGCCUCGAAGCAGCUUGGGGGGACACGGAUAUCAGAGAAUUUUGUCUCUCCGAGGUCCAGCUUGCAGCACUCGAGACAUUGAAUGUAAACAUGCAAUCCCUUCUUGGUGUCGCGAGUCAGCUAUCCUUGACCCGCAUCCGUCAUUGGGCUCACAGACUGGCACUUCGAUUCAUACUCGCAAGGGCCCACAAAGACCAGAUCACGGUCUUGCAUACCGCUCUCGCCCAUAUGGAUGAUGACUUCCGUAGAACCCUUGAGCUUGAUACCAACAGACGAAUGAACUUGGUGCAAAAAAACAUCAACUCUGUUUUAAGCACUUCUUCCACAAAUCAUCUCGCCUUGCUCUCGGAGUUUCACAGGUUGCAGACGAUUAUAUCUAUCGGUCUAGCCGGUUUAUUUGUAUAG